AUGGCUGACAAAACGCAAAAGUAUCGGACGGAGAUCCAGCAGAUGAUGUACGUCUCUGGGGAGACGGCCGAAGCUUCUCCAGAAACCACGGGUAUGAUCGAGGAAAUCGUACGGCAACAAGUAAUUGAGAUGUUACGACAAUGCACUGAACAAGCAUCCCGACGAGGCAGCAGAUCCAUCUCAACCGACGACCUAAUUUUCCUCAUCCGGCAUGACCAAGCCAAAGUAUCCCGUCUGCGCACCUUUCUCUCCUGGAAAGACGUGCGCAAAAACGUCAAGGAUUCCGAUGAUAAAGGCGGUGAUGCAGACCUCGGAACCGGAGACGAACCGGUAGCAGCGGUUGCUGGUGGCCCAGUCGUCGACACAGCUAAGAAGAACAAGAAAGCCAAAGUCGGUCUACCAUGGGAGGUCCCAUCUUUCUACAACCAAGAGGUUCCGGAACGAGAUGAUGAGGAGGAUGAGGAUGAAGAGGAGAUGAACUAUGCCACCCUUCAACGUCUCAAGAAAGCAGAUGAACGCACUAAAGCAAUGACCAAGGAGGAGUACGUCACAUGGUCAGAAUAUCGCCAAGCUUCAUUUACCUUCCGCAAAGGCAAGAGGUUUAAGGAAUGGGCAGGCUUUGGCGUCGUGACAGACUCGAAACCCAAUGAUGACAUUGUCGAUAUUCUGGGCUUCCUGACUUUCGAAAUUGUUCAGACGCUCACAGAAGAAGCGCUCAAGAUCAAGGAGCAGGAAGAUUUGGGGAAGGAGAAGACGGGUGGUGAACAGGCGGGGAAGAAGCGUAAGCUUACGGGCUUGUUCGAUCCACCCUCUGAGGGGCGUACGCCGGUUGAGACGAGGCAUAUCCAAGAGGCGUUCCGGAGACUGCAGCAGCGGCCGAAUAAACAACGUGCUUUAUGUAACUUCACGCGGGGCCUGAAUAGAACUCCUUUGAAGCUCUUUUGA